AUGGGACAUCUUAUUGCAUGCGCCUAUGAUAUGGUGUGCAUUCAUUUGACGCGUUAUGGUUUUUCGGAAACCUUUUUCCCACUCAGAAUCGCACCACCUACAAAUUCAAAUGCUCGCAUUAUGUGUAAUGGAUGGCUUUCAAAAGCGAAUCACUGUGUGCAACUUUACUUGAAACCAGGAUUCCCCAUACCACCUACGUCACCGGAAUGGGAUCUUCAUCAUAUCGAAGAUGUCGAAACGUGGUCGGAUCUUUUUGUUGAUAGGAUGCACGAAUUCGAAAGAUUGAACAACAUCGAGAAAGAAGCAAAUAAGGAAAAGUCAAAAUUGGAACCACCAAUACAUUUAGCCGGUGACGGUUCUUUUGAUGUAUUUUCUAGUUUCUAA